AUGGCCGAUGCUGCGAGGACGAAGACUCCCAGACCGGGGCCGUUUGCACGACGAACACUGAAGAAAGCAUCGUCGCCAGGGCCUUUGCGCAUCACCAUGCUGAGUGGAGAACUCCUGGGCGAAACAGACGCACGGCGGCAUCGGACAGCAAGGAAGCUGGCGACGUACGUAGGGGAGUACUGCUGCGCCACGCCGGCACCGAAGCAGACCAUAAGGCUACUGCACGCCGGACGAAGGCUGCAGGGCGGGAGACUACGCAUCGAUGCCACAUCAACCGUGCAGGCCGUCUUCCUGCCCUACGUCCAGAUACACGACGGCUCGAGGGAGUCGGAAGACUUCCGCUUGGCCCUGUGGAACAGAAACACCUCGAAGCUGAAAAAAAUACUUUGGCGGCCACUGGACCCCAACACCGUCUUCCAGCAAUUCUACCCGACGCCGACUUCGGGACUGGAACUUCUCAUGCUGAACCAGAACAGACCCUGGUCGCUGCCUGCCCUACGAACGUUGCUGGAAGCCAAAGCAAAACUGGACCGACCCGAAAACAAAGACGUGCUGGCCCUCGCCGUGAGAUAUGCGCCAAGCAGCCACGUGGAGACGCUCCUAAAGCACCGGGCCGACCUGGGCGGCUCCGCGGAUCCCUGGCGGCCCCUGGACAUAGCAUGCCACGACCACCCCGAAAACCUGCUACAGGGCCGUCCACAUCCAGGCAAGAUCACGAUGCUGCUGGCAGCCCGAGCCGAUCCCACGCGAAUGCUCGAGGACCCGACCAGCUGGGCCCAAAACCCAAGCCACCCAGACUGGUCCUACGGAGCCAACCCUCGAAGCCUAGCAACCCUCGUGGCCCUAGCCUGCGCAGCAGCAGCUCACUCAGACCCGGAGUGCAUGCAGCAAGUCGCGCGAGCGGCAGCGAACAAAAGUGCCAUCCCCUUAGAAUAUGUAAGCGACAGCACCCCCGGAAUGCAGGUCCUCACCGCAAGCCUGUGCAGUGCAGCUUGCACAGGCAACGCCCGCAACGUGUGCUGGCUACUAGAAAUGCGAUGCCCAGCAAAUGCACGCGUCGGCCGACACCUCCUGGAAGGUGAGUCCUGUCUCGUAACCAAUGCCGAGAGUCAGUGCACAGCCUUAAACCUCGCAGUCAGAAGCGGCUCCGUCGCCGCCACCCAAGCACUCCUCCACGCCAAGGCCGAUCCGAAUCUCACCUUCGACGAGCUUGCCGCCCUGGACCGAGCUGCGCUGCACAAGGCACCAGCAACGAUAAUAGAAUGCAUACUAGCGGCCAGAGGCGAAGCGACCACGCCCACAGCGCACACGACAUCUCCGCUGACCGGGGCGCAUACCCGAGCGGCGAACCCGACAAGGCUCCUCAGCCCGGGGCCGCCUGCGGACUCGCAACCAAGCAAUGCGCAAGACGUCAGACGGGCCACUGCUCACGUUGGUGAAGCCAUCAUGCAGCCCGAAAGCAGCCGACGGUGGGCCGACAUGACAGACGACGACGAUCAGGCGACCGGCUGGGACUUCGAAGCGUUCAAGAAGGACUACCUGGCGAGGAGAUGCAGCCUGACACUUCUGACGCCCGUGCAUGCCCCAGGCGGAACAAUCAAGAUCGACGAGGCGCGCUGCCUGGAAAACCUCCCCGACAACCGCACCUCGACGGGACACGACCCCGCCCUCCGGCGCGAAGCCAAGAACACCCCGACGGAAGAAGGCAUCACGGCCCCCAAAAAGCCACUGCCGCGCCAGCCACGAUGGACGGCCGACGACGAGAGAGCCCUGGAUCGUGCUUUCCAGCGAGCAGAGGCACCGGAGAGAAGCUACACCCCAAAGGCGCACAACACCUCCCCCGGCAAGCGUCUAGUCCCACUGUGUGCACAGGCCGACAGAGCCGCCGAGGCAACACCGCCAAGAAACGAAGCCGUGGAAGCGGCAAAGCUCGCAAGGAAUGCCGCUGAACCAUCUCACGAAGGACCGGCCGCGCGACGAGGGGGGGCCGAGGCGGGCUCCGACCACGACACGGAGCCCGGACCCAGCGUCGAGGAGCACUUUCGGGGCACGCUGGCCAUCAAGAAGAUGUCAGGCGACGGCAACUGCCUCUUCCACGCGCUCGGAGAGAACACCGGCGAGAGCGGGGCAUGCCUCCGAGCCCUAAUCAUCCAGUACCUCAGAGAGAACGCAGAAGCCGAAGAAGACGAAGAGCAAGUGCAGGCCUGGCUACAGGAAAGCCAAUACCUCCAAAGCGAUCCGGGUCACUGGGGCGGCGACACGGCCAUCAUCGCUUUCACCCGCAUGAGGCAGCAGCGAGUCCUUUUGCACUGGCGGACGCCAAACGGCGACAUCCUCACGAGCGAGCGCACGCACUCGGACGUGGACGAAGCAGCCCAACGCGGGCCGCACGCAGCACCGAACGCCACGGAAGUGAUCCAUCUCUGGUACAACGGCAGGGACCACUACGACCUGCUGGUGCCCAUAGACCGAGCACCGCCACCAGCACCACCACUGCCACCACCACCACCACCACCACCACCACCCGAUUCCGCGCCCAGCCAAGCGCAGAAGAACCGCCGCCGGCGGAGAGGAGGCCCAUCAACAGGCCCAGGCGCGCAAGACGCCGUCGAAGCCAACGACACGACCGCCCGAGCCAGAGGCACAGGACGAGCCCAACCUCCUGGAAGAGCUCACCAGCAUGCCCGUGGCGCCGGACAGCAGCCACCCCCGGCGGAAACUGGAAGAGGCUCUCCGGCACCUCGCACACACCCAGCUGCGAGCCCAGCCGCUGAUACCGCCCGGAGCCAGGCCCGAAGACCUCGACCGUGGGGAACCCUGGCCAGGACAGUUCUGCGCCUUCCAGAGCUGCAACUGGUCAUUGCUUACGGGCACCGAGCAAGAGCUUCGAGAGCACGUCCAGCAAGAGCACGCAACAGCACUGCAGAGCGUCGCACAGCACCUACCCAAGCCAAUCCCGGCCGAUGCACUGGCCAGCGUCUACAACGAAGCCAUAGCCCUGCGGUGCAGAGAGGCCGCACCCGUGGCAGGAAGCUCGCGGGACAGAAGCGCGCUGCGGAGCUUCGCCGAAGCCACCAGCAAAGACAGGGUGGAAGCGAUCAUUUGCUUCUGCUGCGCAUGCAUCCACACACGCGUGGCCGACGCCGAGGCCGCGGGCCCCAUCCGCUGGCGCAGGCUCAUCCAGGGUCCCCCCAGCAACGACAGGACCCACGCCGAGACAACCGAACGUCUGCACGACAUCCUGAGCAUCGACAAGUACCUGGGGCUCUACGGCGACCUCGCCGGGGACGUCAAGCUCACCGACGUGGCCGAGCUGAACGAGUGGACCGUGACCAUCCCCGGGCUCGGCGACAUACUCUGCUGCCCAGAAGACCACCGCUGCCACGCCAAUCCCCAGCACCCAAGCCAGCACACGCUCUGCGAGCACUGCGAGGUGCCCCUCUGCCGCGACUGCGCGCAACACUUGGACAACGGCCAGCUGCCGCCCCUGAGCUUGUGCAAUGA